AUGGCAAUGUAUCAGCUUUCAUUGGGUAUUGCGAAAGAGCACCUUGGCGAAAACCAUCUAUAUGUUUCCAAUACAUUGAAUGGGAUGGCAAAUGUCCUUCAAGAUCUUGGUUGUCUGGAUGAUGCAAUAGACGCUUACCGAGAGUCUCUGGAGAUUCGAGCAAAGAAUCUUGGAAAAGACCACUUGUCUGUGGCACAGACGUACAACAAUCUUGCAAAUGCUCUGUAUUUGCAGGGGGGACAAGGACUUGAGCGGGCAAUGGAAUUGUAUGAAGGUUUGCUUGACAUUAAGAAACGGAAUCGCGGAGAAUACCAUGUGUCUGUUGCAAACACAUACAACAAUAUGGCGGUGGUAUAUCAAGGCAAAGGAACGACUAAGGAAGCGAUUGAUAUGUACCAUUUAUCUUUGAACAUAUGCAAGGUGGCUCUUGGAGAAGACCAUUCAAGCUUUUCCAAUGCAUUUGAAAAUGCACUUGGGCUACUCAAAGGCCAAGACGACGAAUCCAAAGCUCUCAAAACCUUCUACAUAUUACUGGAAAUCCAGGCAACGAUCAUAGAUGAGUCAAUAUCGAAUCCAUUGGUUCGACCGCUUUCUUCCGUCUACGUUAGAAAAACUUGGAAGAGGGAAUAUGAUGAAGUACCCCGGUACCGGUACUGUAGAUAA